UCAACUCUACAGAGUUCACUGCAACUCUCCCACUCCAAUCCCCAAAAAUAGAGCGGCUCCAAUUUUAAGUUCAACUGAGACGAUGGCAUCUAUACUCAAACCCCUCUCAUCUCCAUCACCAUUCUCCAGGUACUUCCCCCGACACCCAAUCUUCUCCUCCCUCCCUCGCUUCCUCUCUUCCCAAACCUCACCCUCCGCCGCCGACGUCGACACCGUCUUCCGCAUACUCUGCAACUCCAACACAAACAUGAAACAAGCCCUCAAAUCCUGCGGUGUCUCCCUCUCGAAUGAUCUGAUCGAUCAAGUUCUCAAACGGGCCCGGUUCAGCCACGCGAACCCGUCACACGCGCUCGAGUUCUUCAACUGCGCCGCCGCCAGAAGAGGGUUCUACCCUUCCGCGUUUUCCGUCGACACGAUGCUUUACAUGCUGGGGAGAAGUCGAAUGUUCGACAAAAUGUGGGGGGUUCUGGUCGAGAUGAAACAUAAAGACAGCAGUUUGGUAACUCCUCGAACUGUUAUGGUCGUGUUAGGUAGGAUUGCUAAGGUUUGUUCUGUUAGGGAGACAGUGGAGUGUUUCAGGAAGUUCAAGAAGCUCGUGCCGGAGUUCGACACGGCUUGUUUUAAUUCCUUGUUGAGGACAUUGUGUCAGGAGAAGAGCAUGACAGAUGCGAGAAAUGUGUAUCAUAAGCUGAAGAGUAGCUUUAAGCCGGAUUUGCAGACAUUUAAUAUAUUGUUGUCGGGUUGGAAGUCGUCUGAGGAAGCCGAAAGUUUUUUCGAGGAGAUGAGGGAGAUGGGAUUAAAGCCGGAUGUUGUUUCGUAUAAUUGUUUGGUUGAUGUUUAUUGUAAGAGUAGGGAAAUGGAGAAGGCGUUUAAGGUGAUGGAGAAAAUGAGGGAGGAGGGUAUAUCGCCGGAUAAGAUCACUUAUACUAGUGUCAUUGGGGGAUUGGGGUUGGUUGGCCAGCCGGAUAAGGCGAGAGAUGUGUUGAAGGAAAUGAAGGAGCUAGGGUGCUAUCCGGAUGUUGCGGCAUACAAUGCUGCUAUUAGGAAUUUCUGCAUUGCAAAGAGGCUAGGUGAUGCUUAUGGGUUGAUGGAGGAGAUGAUGAGUAAUGGCUUGAGUCCGAAUGCGACUACUUACAAUUUGUUCUUCAGGGUUUUCUACUGGUCGAGUGACUUGCAGAGCUCUUGGAGCUUGUAUGGGAGAAUGAUGGAUACGGGGUGUUUGCCAAAUACACAGUCGUGUAUGUUUUUGAUGAGGUUGUUUAGGAAGUAUGAAAAGGUGGAUAUGGCAUUGCAGCUGUGGAAUGAUAUGAUUGAGAGGGGUUUUGGGUCUUAUAUAUUGGUAUCUGAUGUGCUGUUUGAUUUGCUGUGUGGUAUGGGUAAACUAGCUGAAGCAGAAAAGUGCUUCUUGCAGAUGGUGGAGAAGGGGCAUAAGCCAAGUAGUGUUUCAUUUAGAAGGAUCAAGGUGCUUAUGGAACUGGCAAACAAGGAUAAGGCCCUCAAAAACUUGACAGAGAAAAUGGCACUUUUUGGCUCUUCAAUCCAACUUCCUGACACUAUGGAUAUGUCAACAGAGGUACCGCACUCAGAAUCACUUGCUUGAAAAGGUUUGCUGGUGAGUUGUGACUAUUGUGUCAGGUCAUAAAUUGGCAGUACUUUUAAGUAAUGCUGCAAGAGUUGCUGAUUGAUAUAUCAAAAUAGGUGCUUUACACAAUCGGUCAAAGAGGCUUGCCAUGUGAAUUGUGAAGUGUUAGCUCUUAAGAAUCUGUAUUUAGCGUCCAGAUCAUUUUGUUGACAAAUUUGGGCAUUUUCCUGUCACAUGGUUAUAUUGGCAAUUCAGUUGGUCUAGCUAUAUUGCCCAAUCAGGCGGCCUUCAAACUAGGUUAUCUGUUGUUGAAGUUUUCUGAGGAGCAGCAAGUUGUCAAUUUAUAGUCCGGUUGGGUUAUGCCCCUUGUUAUUGGUCUGAAAAAUGCUGAUGUGAGUAUUUGCUACAGGGUGAACUUACUGGCUCACACUGAGACUGCUUGUACAAAUUUCACAAUUUUCAUCUAAUUAUGCUAGACAAGUAUCCAUUUAAAGCUGGAUUCUGGGACAUGUAUGAUCCAGAGGGUUAUUCACUUUGGUUUUGUGAGUGCAAGUACAAUGGUGAAAAGACUGUUUCAUUCCUUAUUUAGAACAAGGUACGUGGGUGGUUUUUGGCAGUUGAUGGAUUUGGCUCUUAAGUAUGCAUUUGGGAAGAUGCUGGUAAUUGGCUCCAGCUUCCUUUCAUGGUGAAGGGCUUCUGGCUGUUCUGCGGGCAAUAAGCUUCCCAGUGCAUAAUGAAUGAGUGUUAUGACAUGGGACUGUAUGAAUCAGAUGAGGAUUCAUAUCACUGAUGAGGAUCAAAAUUGUAUAUAUUGAACUAUUAUUGAAAAUUUUGUCUCUAAAUUUCAAUUUAUCUCAUAUCAUAGAUUCAUAUGAGGAUUCAUAUGAGCUAUUACCUUCAGAUUCAUAUAUACAAUUUUGAUCCUCAGCACUGUAUGAAUCAGACUGUAUGCAAUAUAUACAAUGAUGCUUUGCUCUGCAUAUAAUGAACUGU